AACCCUGUGCUGACCCUAGUUGGUCCAUUUCUACUCGCCAAGACCCCGCCUUUGUUGUUUCUUCUCUGUAAGGGUUCGCUACUCGAACCUCUACCGCCCCUCGUUUGUCUUUCAUCUUCAAGGCUCUGAAAUUGCAAGCUACGCUACCUCAUUAUGAACCCUAAUUCGACCCUUUCUGAUUUCUGACCUUUAUCGCGGCUUUUAUCGGCUAAGAUUAUUGAACUCGUUUGGUGGUAAGAUUAAUGGUUGCCUCAUCUGGUUCCAACAUUCAUCACCAGCCUGCAUCCAAGAUGAUUCCCACACGUCAACCGUCACGGCCAGAGGGACUGCAGACAUCUCUUGCGUUAGUUCCCUCAGAUACUCGACUAUCACCUGAGGUACCGAGGUCUAAUUCCGAACAAGUUCAUGAGUCUCCUGCUGAGAGUGCUAGUUCUCAGGAAACUUGGCCUAUUGGUGGAGUAAUGGGAAAGAAAAUGGAAAAUGGGAAGGCAGAUAACGACUUCGUGGAGCAGUCGGUCGUUCAUCGUCUUUCUAGUUCUGAUAAAGUCUCCCUUCGUGACAUAGCACGAGACAGAAUUGAGCUAAUCGCAGAAAAGAUGCAUCGCUUACCAGAGGAUUUUCUAGACAAUUUGAAGAGUGGACUUCGAAUUAUUCUCGAUGGAAAUGGUGGUGCGCAACAGAUCGACGAGAUUUUUAUUUUGCAGAAGCUCGUUCAACGUAGAACCGAUUUAACUGCAAAGACAUUGGUUAUGGCUCAUAGGGUGCAGCUCGAAAUUCUAGUUGCCAUCAAUACUGGAAUUCAAGCGUUCUUGCAUCCAAAUAUUAGCCUCUCUCAGACUACGCUCGUCGAGGUUUUUCUGUAUAAGAGGUGUCGAAAUAUUGCUUGUCAAAACCAGCUUCCAGCUGAUGACUGCACUUGUGAGAUAUGUACCGGUCGAAACGGUUUCUGCAAUCUCUGUAUGUGUGUAAUAUGCAACAAGUUCGAUUUUGAAGUUAACACAUGUCGAUGGAUCGGUUGUGACUUGUGUUCUCAUUGGUCUCACACGGAUUGUGCAAUUCGUGAUGGAAAGAUCUGCGUGGGCUCUUCUGUAAGAAUCGGGACAACGCGAACCGAAAUGCAUUUCAAAUGCCCAGCUUGCCAUCGGACGUCUGAGCUACUUGGUUGGGUUAGAGACGUUUUUCAACAUUGUGCACCUUCAUGGGAUCAGGAGUCUCUCGUCAAGGAGCUUGAUUUUGUCGGUAGAAUUUUUCGUGCAAGCGAGGACCAUGGAGGGAGGAAACUUUUUUCGAAAUGUGAAGAACUCAAAGAGAAAAUGAAGAGUGGAGUUUUGGAGUCGACAGCAGCGUGCCGAGCAAUAUUGACUUUUUUUCGAGAGAACGAGACGGAUGCUAUAAGUAGUCUUGAAAACGGGGAAGAGGGAAGGUUAGCCGCUCCACAGGAAGCGUGCAACCGAAUUGCAGAAGUGGUGCAGGAGGUUAUAAAAAAGAUGGAAAUUGUUGCUAAUGAGAAGAUGAGAAGCUGGAAAAAGGCUCGUAUGGAUGUCGAGGUCUUUAACCGCGAGGUUGAAGAUAAGGCGAAGGAAGCAGCUGAGAUAAAGCUCGACCGACAGAGAAAGAAGCUACAAAUCGAAGAACUGGAGAAAAUCGUUAGGCUUAAAUGUGCAGAAGCUGAUAUGUUUCAACUUAAGGCGAACGAGGCGAAACGAGAGGCGGAGAGACUUCAGAGGAUUUCUCUUGCAAAAACCGACAAGUCCGAGGAAGAAUACGCUAGCAAUUACCUGAAACAACGUCUGAACGAAGCCGAGGCCGAAAAACAGUACUUGCUCGAAAAGAUUAAGCUACAAGAAAGUAGUAGUGGUGGAGCUGAUCCAUCCCAGAUGCUUUUGUAUUCUAAAAUUCAAGAUCUUCUCUACAGUUCCUCUAAGCCUGAUUCUGCUAAAUGAAUGAGAAUUCUUAGGAGCUCAACGUCGUGUAAAUCAAAACGUUGUCGGUUAUGUUCGUUUGUUGUCUGAUAAUUUAUGAAGCUGUUCUUUCUACAUCGUUCGAUACUCAUAUCGCUAACGUAAUCAAGUCAUUCGUUGCUUCUAUUA